AUGUGGGGUAUGGCGGUCGACCGGGCUAUCCAGGUAUUUAGUAUAGCUUCAUGGUGUCCCACCACAGUCGAGGGAGAAAUCGAGACGGUAGACAAGGUCAAGAGUGUUGUAGACGUCUGCAGAGGCUCAGCCAGUCGUCGACGUCCAGAUAGCCCUGGCAAAUACUCUAAAUUAAAAACACUGGGCCGCGUAAGGGAGAUAACAACGGCUGAAGAGAGCGUGGUUGUUGGGCUGUCUGCUAAGUAUCUAGCUACAUCCUCGACAGGCGAAGAAAAGGCGUCUUGGGAGAUUACAAAGGAACGUCACGUGAACGGGCGUCUUUUCUUCCCCCUUGAACUACCCAGAAGAGGACAAGCAAGCAAAGACGCGGGCGAGACAGCGCUGGCCCUCCCCACGAUGGUCGUCUACUCGUUCUUCAUCUUCGACCGGCAUGGCACAGCUGCCGGGGGAGCGAGCAAGGACCUACAUCCAUCGGACGGAGCGCUUUCGAACGGCCUGAUGAAAGACUCUCACAAGUCGGGCUCGACGGACACUCGACUAGUGUUUGGGGCUGUCUUCUCGCUGCGAAACAUGGUACGGAAGCUCGGUGGUGAGGACGAUAAGGCUAAGGUAGCUGUGGGUGAUGACGAGGAGCUGACGUGGUUUGAGCGAAAAAGCUUCGUGUGUUACCGGACGGGCCAGUAUAAGCUACACUACUACGAGACACCAACGAACCUGAAGUUUGUGAUGAUGACCGACACGAAGGCAAACAAUAUGCGCCUCGCCUUGCACCAGAUAUAUGUCAACCUGUACGUGGAAUACGUGGUGAAGAACCCCCUUUCUCCAGUCGAACAUCCUGGUGGCGUUGGAGUGUACAACGAGCUCUUCGAAGAGUCACUUGAGCAAAAUCAAAAGAGCAAACUACCCAGCCACAGCGAUGAAGAGAUUCGAGGGGGGAAGGGCACGAUAGGGAUACCGGACCAUGUAUUCUCCCCUGUACAACAGCAGCAACAAGCAUCGAAACCUAGUCCAGGAAAGCCCCAAAAGCCCACCGGGGCCCAAGCUAUCUUCAGCUCUGGCAAGCCACGCCAAGAACAAUGCGGGUAUAUCCGUGCAAAAUUUCAAGAUCAGAAGCAGGCCAGCGCAUCAAUGAGAAGAAGAGAAGGGAAUCGACUUCCCCUCGACUUGCAAGGGGCUCGGGCUGAUAGCUGA